AUGAUCCUUUAUGAAAGCGCUCCCUGCGUGCAUGACCAGCCGUUUGUUCCUGGCCAGGUCUUGCGACCUCUUUGUGCUUUCGUUGCUGGCCCCAUCAAGCCCAUCGCCGUUCCCAGACAUCUGAGAUGGCCUCACUUCGGCGCGACGUCUAAUUUGGCAGCUAGUAUUUUGUUGGCAAUUGUUCGCGGUGCGGUUGCUGCCUUGACCUGUGAACGUGCAGUGCUACUGAGUAAUAUUGCUGAGCUAGAUAUUGCUCGACAUAAUAAUCCUGCUAGUCUUUUGUUCUACAUCUACUCUGGACGGCUGAAAAACAACUAG